CAAGAGCAUUUCUUAUUCUCAUCUCGCUUCUGUUUUCCCUCAGCCAUGGCUUCCCGUCGUUUCCCUUUCUUUGCACUACUCCUCACUUUGUCAUUGAUGAGCAGUGAUACCAUCUCGGUUGGUGCCCGACGUCUCUUAAAAGAGUCCGUUCCUGAAAAACCCGAGCUUUCUAAACCGGAGUUGCCACAGAUACCGUCCUUACCAAAAGUUGAACUCCCAAAACCUGAGUUAUCGGAAAUUUCAAAGCCUGAAAUACCUAAGGUUCCUGAGUUGCCAAAGCCUGAAUUGCCUAAGAUUCCUGAGUUGCCAAAGCCCGAAGUUCCUAAGGUUCCCGAGUUUCCAACAAUGCCAAAGUUGCCAAAACCUGAACUUCCGAAGGUUCCUGAGUUGACUAAGAUGGAGAAAUCUGAAGAAGUCGAAGUUCCUGGGUUAUCGAAGUCAGAAUUACCCAAAGCUCCUGAGUUACCUAAAGUUCCUGAAUUACCGAAACCAGAAUUGCCUAAAGUUCCCGAGUUACCAAAACCAGAAUUACCUAAAGUUCAUGAAUUACCGAAACCAGAGUUACCAAAAAUUCCUGAGCUACCUAAGUCAGAAUUACCUAAAAUUCCUGAGAUACCAAAACCAGAGUUAACCAAAACUCCCGAAUUACCAAAAACUAAAUUACCCGAAGUUCCAAAACUAUCCAAACCUUAAUUACC